CUGAAAAAUGCCAAAGCGCUCUAUGACGCUGUAAUGAAGCGCUAUUCCUCCCCCUCCUCUGCUGCCGUAGGCCGCCUGCGGCCGCCGUACCUCUUUCCUGAGCUGUCCGACUUCAUCACUGUCGCUGACCUCAUGACUCACCUACGCUCCAGUGACCUUCGCUACCAUGCUGCUCUUAAGCCUGCCUCCCGUGAUACUCCCCGCACCUCUUUCUUUGAGGGGUGUGCUCCUUCCCUCCUCGCGCCUUCUGUUGCCUCUGAUGCUGCUGUUGACUUCCUCUGUGCUGAGGAAGCUGGUGCGGCGUCCGCUCCUGGCGGGAGGUGCAACAGGGGUGGGCGUCAGAAGGGCAAGGUGGUGCGGGUGGUGGCGGGGGUGGCGGUGGCGGCGGCGGUGGUGGUGGCGGUAGUGGGGGCGGUGGAGGUGGUGGUGGCGGGGGUGGUGGGAGUGGCAGGGGUGGUGGGGGUGGCGGGGGUGGCGGCGGCACUGGGGGUGGCGGAGGCGGCUCGGGUGGCGGUCGUGGUGGAGCUAGCAAGGGUGGGGGUCAGGGAGUUGCGUCUGGGCGCACAACUAUUGGAGGCGGAGGUUCUGGGGGUGGACAGCAGCAGCAGUCGUGUCGGCAGGAAACCCUCUCGCCGCAGCAGCUGCGUGAGUGGGUGGUCCAGCGAGGUGGCCCCGGAGGAGGAGGAGGUCGCUGCACCUACGUCAGGCGCACGGGUCUUCACGCAGGGGACGUCUGCGGCAGGCAGGGCCAGCACAGGUGCAGUUCCAGUGGAGGCUCUACACACCUUUACUCUAGACUCCGGCGCGUCUCGCUGCUUCUUUCACGACUGCACCACAGUCAUACCACUCACAGCACCUAUCCCUGUCACUUUGGCCGACCGCUCGUCGGGUCCGGUAGUGGCUCGUGGCACCACUGUUCUGCCGUGUCCGGCGGUCCCCUCCGGCUCCCUCACAGGUUUCCACCUCCCCUAG